AUGAGAGAAGGCGAUUCGAAGCUUGAAAAUUUUGCUUUCAGCAACCUCCAAUUGUGCGAAGGCGCAACAGCUGCGGCGAUCUGUAUUAGUCCAGCCCGUAGGACCGCUCCUUUGCGUGCGGCGUUGAUGCGUGGCAUCGGAGCUAUGGUGUUUUGUCGAUUUGUGGUGUUUCUCUGCCCUUUCACUUCACAUUAUCCAAACAUCAUCAUCAACUCGAACCUAUCUUCAAGUGCAGGAAGAAUGGCAACGUCAAUGCUGAACCCUAACGCGCCGAUAUUUGUGCCGUCGGCGUACCUUGCGGUGGAGGAUUUUUCUGACCAGUGGUGGGAUCUGAUUCAAUCCUCCGCCUCAUUUCGAGACUACUGGCUCCGGGAGUGCUUUUCCGACCCCCAAAUUGACAAUCCUGAUACUAAUUAUUCUAAUUUUCCAGUCUCCGGCGAUAUAGGAAGCUUCUUUUUUGACGAUGGCAUCGUCAAUGGUAACGCCAGAAAAGAGGAAGAGGGGAAGAUGGAUUUGGUGACGCUGGGGCUGUUAAAGUGGAGGAAGGCGCGUGGCGGAAUGGAGAUGCCAAGGUACUGCGAGAAGGCGCCGAAGAUCGUGAAUGUGAAGGUUAAUCCGAGGCCGAUUCAGCAGCCGCGUUAG